AUGUCUCAGGAACUUGAUAAACCUUUGCUCGAUCCUCACCAUUUCAUACCAGACGACAUUGAUUUGGAGCGCAUACCACUUGAACAAGUAUUUCAACUCUUGAAAACAUCACCAACAGGACUUUCCUCCGACGAUGCGGAAGCACGACUUCAAAUAUUUGGUCCUAACAAACUUCAAGAGAGGAAAGAGAAUAAAAUCUUGAAAUUUCUUAGUUUUAUGUGGAAUCCUCUCUCAUGGGUUAUGGAAGCCGCAGCUUUGAUGGCAAUUGCCCUUGCCAAUGGCGGAGGGGAGGGUCCUGAUUGGCAAGACUUUGUGGGGAUUAUAGGCUUACUGGUAAUAAACUCAACUAUUAGUUUUAUAGAAGAAAAUAAUGCUGGUACUGCUGCAUCCGCACUAAUGGCUCGCUUAGCUCCUAGAACAAAGGUUCUAAGAGAUGGCCAGUGGCAAGAAGAUGAUGCCGCUAUUUUAGUACCUGGUGAUAUAAUCAGCAUAAAGCUAGGAGAUAUCGUUCCAGCCGAUGCUCGCUUGCUCCAAGGAGACCCUCUCAAAAUUGACCAGUCAGCCCUUACUGGAGAGUCCUUACCUGUAACAAAAAAAACUGGCGACGAGGUCUUUUCAGGUUCAACUUGUAAACUCGGAGAGAUUGAAGCAGUAGUGAUAGCAACAGGGGUUCAUUCCUUUUUUGGAAAAGCGGCACACUUGGUCGAUAGUACCGAAGUUGUCGGACAUUUUCAGAAGGUUCUUACCUCUAUUGGUAACUUCUGCAUUUGCUCAAUAGCCAUAGGGAUGACCCUUGAAAUAAUUAUAAUGUACCCUGUGGAGCACCGAUCAUACAGGGAAGGAAUCAACAACCUUCUUGUUCUCCUCAUUGGAGGAAUUCCCAUAGCUAUGCCAACAGUGUUAUCUGUAACACUUGCCAUUGGCUCUCAUCGCCUUUCUCAACAGGGAGCUAUCACAAAAAGAAUGACAGCAAUUGAAGAAAUGGCAGGCAUGGAUGUCUUAUGCAGUGACAAAACGGGUACUCUAACGCUGAAUCGCCUGUCUGUUGAUCGAAAUCUCAUAGAGGUCUUCAACAGAAACAUGGACAAAGAUAUGAUUGUUCUAUUGGCAGCUAGGGCAGCUAGAUUGGAAAAUCAAGAUGCCAUCGAUACUGCCAUCGUUAAUAUGCUGGCUGAUCCAAAAGAGGCACGUGCAAACAUCACUGAAGUUCAUUUUCUACCAUUCAAUCCUGUAGACAAGCGUACCGCAAUAACAUACAUCGAUUCUGAUGGUAGAUUUUACAGGGCCAGCAAAGGAGCACCGGAACAGAUUCUAAAUAUGUGCCGAGAGAAAGACCUGAUUGCCGGAAAAGUACAUGCAAUCAUAGACAAAUUUGCUGAAAGGGGAUUGCGGUCUCUUGGAGUUGCUUUUCAGGAAGUACCUGAAAAAUCCAAGGAUAGUCCUGGAAGUCCUUGGACUUUUUGUGGUUUAUUGCCUUUGUUUGAUCCACCAAGACAUGAUAGUGCUGAGACCAUCCGAAGAGCACUUAACCUUGGAGUUUGUGUUAAGAUGAUUACAGGGGAUCAGUUGGCUAUUGCGAAGGAAACGGGCAGAAGACUUGGCAUGGGCACAAAUAUGUACCCUUCUUCAUCUUUGUUGGGUCGCAACAAAGAUGAGAAUGAAGCUCUCCCAGUAGACGAACUCAUUGAAAAGGCAGAUGGCUUUGCUGGUGUAUUCCCUGAACACAAAUAUGAAAUAGUUAAAAUUUUACAAGAAAAACAACAUGUUGUUGGAAUGACUGGGGAUGGAGUAAAUGAUGCCCCAGCAUUGAAGAAAGCGGACAUUGGAAUAGCAGUGUCAGAUGCCACAGAUGCUGCAAGAAGUGCUGCUGAUAUAGUCUUAACUGAGCCUGGCUUAAGUGUUAUUAUUAGUGCUGUGUUAACUAGCCGAGCUAUAUUUCAAAGGAUGAAAAAUUAUACAAUAUAUGCAGUCUCCAUCACCAUUAGGAUAGUGCUUGGAUUUGUGCUCCUAGCAUUGAUUUGGGAGUAUGACUUUCCACCCUUCAUGGUCCUGAUCAUUGCAAUCCUUAAUGAUGGUACUAUCAUGACCAUAGCUAAAGACAGAGUAAGGCCAUCCCCAACGCCCGACAGUUGGAAGCUUCCUGAGAUAUUUGCAACAGGAGUAGUGAUUGGCACUUACCUUGCUUUGAUUACUGUCUUGUUCUACUGGGCAGUAGUUGAGACCACUUUCUUUGAGACCCACUUCCAUGUAGUAUCCUUAUCCAGUGACAGUGAGAAAGUUUCUUCAGCUGUAUAUCUGCAAGUUAGCAUCAUUAGCCAGGCUCUAAUUUUUGUUACUCGUAGCCGUGGUUGGUCGUUUCUAGAGAGACCUGGAGCUUUACUCAUGUGCGCCUUUGUAAUAGCUCAACUGGUGGCCACGUUAAUUGCAGUCUAUGCUACUCUAAGUUUUGCUGAAAUUCGGGGUAUUGGAUGGGGAUGGGCUGGUGUUAUAUGGUUGUACAGUUUAAUCUUCUAUGUACCAUUGGACAUCAUUAAGUUCACAGUGCGGUAUGCCUUGAGUGGAGAAGCCUGGAAUCUCUUAUUUGACAGAAAGACUGCUUUUACAUCUAAGAAAGACUAUGGGACGGAAGAUAGGGCAGCAAAGUGGGUUCUUUCUCAGGGAAGUCUGCAAGGACUGAGUCAUACGACCUCAGGCUUGGAGGUCAGAGGAAGGCGGUCUUCUAUGAUAGCUGAACAGGCCCGAAGACGUGCUGAAAUAGCCAGGCUGGGGGAGUUGCACACCCUUAGAGGACAUGUAGAAUCUGUUUUGAGACUCAAAAAUUUAGACCUGAAGGCGAUCCAGUCAGCUCAUACAGUUUGA